AUGUCUACUGCACCUGGUGCACAAGGCUUCCCUUUCUGGGCAGUGAUCUCUGAAUCCAGAAGGAUAAUCAGAGCCCACAACCGCCAUUUCUUUGCGCUUUCACUUCUCUUUCUCUUUCCCUUGUGUUUAUCCAGCGUUAUCUACCUAGCCCUCUACGCCGCCCUUUCCCACCAUGAUGGCUUCUACUCCCAACCCAUCCUUCUCCCCCUCCUCUUCAACCUCUUUAGUCUCUUCUUCACCCUUUGCGCCUUGGGCACUAUCACCUACAGCACUUUCAACGCCUUCAACGGUAGACCCUUGACGCUUGCUUCUUCGAUCAAGUCCCUGUUGCACACUUUCUUGCCUCUACUUUCAACCCAAUUUGUGUAUCUAACAAUUGUGUUUUGCCUCGCUAUGGUUUUCGGGGUUUUGGCGGCGCUUCUGUUAACCGGGCUUCAAAUUUUGGGUGUUGUCGAAGUGAAUUUCGACAGGUUGUCGAUUAGUUUUAAGGUUUUGGCAAUUAUGUUGGUGCUGCUGCUUGUAUCCAUCGUUUUAUGGCUACAGGUUAAGUGGUGCCUAGCGUAUGUGGUUGUGGUGGAGGAAUCAAAAUGGGGGUUUGAAGCCUUGAGGAGAAGUGGGCAGUUAAUGAAGAAGGGGAUGAGAGGAGUAGCAUUGUGUGUAUCGCUAUAUUUCGUCAUUCCCAGCUUGAUUAUGACUUAUCUGAUGAUGAUGGUGGUUGUGGGUGCGUCUAGUGGGCAUUGGAGCUGGACCCUUGUUUUUCAGGCAGUGUUGUAUACAGUUUUUGAGACUCAACUCAUGCUUCAUGCUUUUGCUGCAAACGUGGUUCUGUAUAUCUACUGCAAGGCCUUGGCAGAGGGGGAUUUUGGUAGCAACUAUGUGUGCUUACCUUUUGACGAUGCUCACAAGGUUUCUGAGGUUGUUUAA